AUGUCAGUUUUAGCAUGUCAAGAUGAGGGCCGCUCGUCCAAAUGCCUCCCUCGUCGCGACCUGACAUUCCCGGAGGACUCAUCGAUCGAUGGUGACACAUUCGACCUUACAGAUGAUGAUGAUAAUGGCUCGGGGAACACAGUGCCUGCUGCGACGGGGCCUUCGGUGUUGCUGGUGGCAGAGGAGAAAUCCGAACGUAGCGUGCCAGAGCUUGCUUCUCUUGGAGGCGUUCUUCUUUUGGAAGCUACGGGCAUACAUGGGCAAACCGUUUAA